UUGUAUCAGAAGAGGAUUCCAAUGGAGGAGAUGCGAGCCAUAUUUAAACUGGGUGGAGCAUCGAUACUAGCACACCUCAGCGCAGGUACCAGACUGCAGCUUUUCGUCCGAGUGGGGAUGAAUGGAGAGUCAAGAAUGGAUAAGAAACGCUGCACACUGGUCCAAGCGGCAUAGGCGGGAAUGAGGCCUGCCGAUGGAGGCGGAGUUCUCUCGUCGUAAUAUGCGAUUUGAGCUAAAGCUCUUCGGGCUUCUUAAAUGAAUUGCAACCUUCGUGGCAUAAAGAACUCUACCAUCAAGUGCGAGUGCUCCGAAACGUUUGAAAAACACUCGAAAUUAUUCUCUGCCAGUUUGGUUAUUACUUUGUUUUCGGUUGUCGGUUUUCGCGUCUUCGCGAAUAUAAUCGUCGCGUGUUGAUCUGUUCAUCUGUUUGUCAGUGAAUCGUGCGCAUAAUCGUGCGAUUAUUCAAUCACAGGUGAAUGUUGCUAAGUGGGCAAGACGCGGUGAUACCCCGUGUUGUUACCGUUUCCUUAUUACUUUUAUAUUGGUUUUACGAGUUGUCUGUUGCACAAUUUUGCUCAGACAUUGCGUUGGUGAUCGCGGCAUACAGAGGAAAAGGAUUUAAAAGAGGAAAGAGACUGGUUCAUUCGAUGGGCGCUCAUCUGUACCCUGUGGAAAAGAAUAUGCACUAUCAACCACCGACUCAGUCCAUAGUAUCUCAGCCUCUAUUGCCCUUGAAUAAUUACUAUUCGAUGAACGGCGGCGGCAGUAACGGUUCGACGGACGCCAUGGUGAACAGUGACGGUAAUUCCAACAGCAACUCGCCGGUACCGAGCCAGUACGACCAGCACUUCACGCCAUCCAUGUCGCAAUUGAUGGACCUUAGCAGUCCGCCGCAGCAGCAUCGCACGAUGUCGGUUUAUCCUCAUCAUUCUCAUCAAGCCGAUUACAACCAGUCCCAUCAAUUGGUAUUCAAGAAUGGGCAGGAACUCAAUUUCCAUCCUCAUCUUCACCCUCCUCUGGAUCCGAUGAUUACGGAUAAAAUCGUAAGGAAUUUCUCGCUGAGUUACGCUGAGCGGCGGCUGCAGUCGACCGAGAAUCCGUCGGAGUUCCUGCCGGAAUACGGCAAGAACAUGUGCGUAACGUCGCCGCCGCCGCAUUUCAUGUUUACGCCCGAAGGUUGCAACGGGGACGAGAUUAACGCGCCCGGCUCUGUUCAGUCGGUCCACGGCCAGGCUUCCUAUCACCCUACGGACAGUGUGAUGGAGUAUAAGCCUAACGUGGUGGAGUACAAGACCGAUCAGCAACAACAGGUGGUUGAUCAUCAUCCUCUUCAUCAUCGGAGAUACAACGGCGAGCAGAUGGAGGUGGAAUCGUUUGGCCAGAGUGUCCAAACGGAACCACCCUCAUCAUCUUCAUCGUCAACAUCAACGAGAGGUUACAGUGCCGCGAACGGCAUCAAGUCCGUCAAAAAAAGACGGAAAUUCAACGGCAACAACAACGUCAUUAGCAGUAGCAACAAUAAUAACAAUAACAGUAAAAACAACACGAACAAUAACAACGACGACGACGACGACGACGACGAUGACGAGGUCGACAGUGAGGCGAGUGCGGCAAGCACGACGAAGGGGAGAACACGAAGGAAAAAUGGUGCGACGGAUGCGGACAUCCAGAGCCAAAGAACGAUGGCGAACGUGCGGGAACGACAGCGGACGCAGAGCCUCAACGAAGCGUUCUCCGCCCUGAGGAAGAUCAUACCCACCCUGCCGAGUGACAAACUCAGCAAGAUCCAGACGCUGAAGCUAGCUGCCAGGUACAUCGACUUUCUCUAUCAUGUGCUGAAGACGAAUGUAGACGGCGGUGACAGCGGCGAAGAGACUACAAGGAGUGCGAGGAGCGCAAUCUUGGCUGCGAGGGAAAUGGCAUCGGCUCCCUGUAAUUAUGUGGCGCAUGAACGAUUGUCUUACGCCUUUAGUGUCUGGAGAAUGGAAGGGGACUGGAAAGGAGAUUCGAUCGAUAAGUAAUUGUUAAAUAGUUAUACAUAUAGGAUUUUUAUAAUACCAUUAUAUAUAAUAAAAUCUUACCGAGGUAAAAUUAGACACAGAAGAGAUCGCGGUAACAUUCGUGACUUCAGUGCGCGUUGUAAAAAGACGUUGUCUAUACGAAAUUUGUAAGAUUUUUUUUAUUUUUUCAAUAAAAUAAUUAUAAAAAAGUAUAAUAAAAAAACGUAUUUAUAAAGUGUUUUUGCGUCCGCACGCUGUGCACGUAAUGUUACUAAUACAUUUUGUUAAUUCUUUUCGUUUACCUUCAUAUGGAGGAAUAAAGAUCUCGAAAUUUGUUUGCGAUAUCGAUAAUCAUCAAUUUUAAUGCGAAAAGCAUGCACAUUCGAAACGGAAGCAAAUCGAGCGACGCAAAAAAGAAGAAAUGAUCGUUCGCCAGCAUUCUGUCCUGUACCUGUUUCAUGUGUGAAAUCUAUAAAAAUCUCCCCAAAGGGGAAAAAUCUAUAAAAUCUGUAAUUCUCCCGUUUCGCGCACACGCGUACGUAAAGUUAUUACAACGCGGAUUAAUUUCGCGCGCAUGCGGUAAUUACACGUUCUCUGCCUAGUUCUACCCUUUGAAACCUAAUCACGGCAGUUAAUUCUGUCCCCGUUAAUUUUGUGGCGUGGCCUCGUUCAUCUGUUCGCUCGUCCGCUCGCUCGCAAUAAUGUAAGCCAAUAUAUUACGUCUUCUCGUAGAGCUAUUAACGGCCCGACAAUCUCUCGAACGCGAUGCACAAGGCGAGGGAGCGUCGUCGCGAUGGCGACGUCACCUAGCUCUCGUGUGAAACGCGCUUAUUAGCUAGCGCCGCGUUAUGCACCUGCAUCAAUCAGCGAAAUGAUCUCGUCGCGGUAGCGCGAAUGCUCGCGACAUGAUGGAUCUUGCUCGCGGAUUAAAUCGGUACGUCUGAAUGCGACAAUCGUCGCUGCACAUCGUGUUCGUGCCUCGUACGAUGAGUCACUUUUUGCUCGUCAACUUCGUUGCUCCCAAAAGAGCUUCCCACAGGGUUUCCCAAAGAGAAAAUGGAAUUUCCAAAAUGGAGCUGAGAUUUUCACCAGUUUCCAUUUCUUUCGCUUUGGCUGUUUCUUAAAAAUCUCCAGGGGCAGCAUUUAUUCUCACAACGAAAUAAUUUCACGUAUACCAAUUAGAUACUAAUAAAACUAUCUUUAGUCGUUCCCAGUGGCGUAGCCAGACCUACGUUUGGGGGGGGGGGGGGCUAAAAAAUAUUUCUAUAUCUUUAAUGCUUCCUGUCGUCUCUUCCGAGGUGAUUUGCCCAUUCUUGAAUUGGUAUUCAUUCGAUGGGCGCUCAUUUGUACCCUGUGGAAAAGAAUAUGUACUAUCAACCACCGACUCAGUCCAUAGUAUCUCAGCCUCUAUUGCCCUUAAAUAAUUACUAUUCGAUGAACGGCGGCGGCAGUAACGGUUCGACGGACGCCAUGGUGAACAGUGACGGUAAUUCCAUGUGCGUAACAUCGCCGCCACCGCAUUUCAUGUUUACGCCCGAAGGCUCCAUCACCCUACGGACAGUGUGAUGGAUUGAUUUGCUGGGUUUGAUUACCAGGAGACAAGUGUGUCGGCUCUUCAUCUUCGCGUCCUUAUAUCCUCAGCCGGGGGAAGUUUUAAUUACGAGUAACGAUCCCACGAAUUCGCCCUCUAUCGUUGUUUUGUGGUGUUAUCUCGCGUAUCGGGGAUGUUUGUGAUUACGUCUCGCUCCGCAUAGUGGUCGACUGGCUGCCGGUUGUUAGGCGCCGAGUCGCCACACACUCCAAUAGAGUGACUUCAUUCACUUUAAGAUAAAAAGUGAAGAGUUUCACUCUUAUUUUUAAAGUAAAGACAUAAGCGCUCCAAACUUCGCUGUGUUUAGAGUGAAAUUGCCUUCCCAUUUCCCGGCGCACACGUAGACACAUGUACGCGAAUACGCGAUUCGCGCUUGUUGCGUUGUCAGCUUCACAUAUCACAUGCUAUGACGGUAGCUUUGCUGGAAAAGUUAAGUUUAGAUUCCCAACAAAUAUUCAUUUUUUCUUGAGACUUUUUCUUGGGUAUUGACUUAAAGUUUUUUGGGGGGGGUGCUUGAGCCCCUAUGCCCCCCCUGGCUACGCCACUGCCAAUUAGAUACUAAUAAAACUAUCUUUAAUCGUUCCUACCUUGCUAGACUUGCUGUAAUAUCAAAAGUAAAAGGAUAUAUCAAAAAAAGCAAUCGCGCGUCGAACCCUUCAGAAAUUAUCGAAUCGGGGAUAGUCCUAAGGGAGGAAUCGUAAGGGAUGAAUGACGAGGAGGAAGGGGAGGAGAAAGAGAAAGAGAAGAAUGAAAAAACCUUAACGAGUGCUUGUGGCGCCUAUUGGUCGGACACAAUAUUAUUUUUUUCCUUCACAAGAUGACGGUCUCACCGACGGAUACUUCAUCGCAUAUAACGCGUAUAAAACAUCCCGCCGCGACUUCGGGAUCCACGGCGCGGCACCGUGAAUAUUCCGAAUGGUGUUAGUUAUUUUAAACCGGUCAAAGCAAACUUUCGGGCACGUUUUACGCCGCUUAACGAAGACGCGUCGCGUUAAAGAACCGUCCUUCCCCGGCUCUUUAUUACAGCAGUGAAUCUUCGCGAAAAAAAGCGCGGUUGAGGACCGCCGGGAGAAAGAAAAAGAGGGAGGGAAUGUGUCAGAAAGAUUAUUUGGAGACAAAAAUUCUUAUAUCAUAUAUAUAUAUAACAAUUUUUAAAUUAGUUGUACACAAUAGCUAUUAAGUUAUAGAAUAAUGUUUAAGUGACGUUAGGAUGUUGGUCGAAUAUUUAAAUGAUGAUAAAAUUCGCGCUGUCAGGCACAUCGCACUGAAUAAAUUUCAUGAUGGUAAUUGAUACUAGAUAGACAUUGUUACAAACGACACAGUCCCUGUUCUCAUAUCUCUACUUUCUCUUCGCUUCGUAUGCGAGUUCAAUUAACCGAGAUCUAAGCGAACGUAAACGAGCGGAAUUUGCGCGAUUAGCGUCAGCCGUCGCUGGAUUUCCUCGUUAUUCUGCUAACGUUAAUUGGCAUGGUAAAAACAUUUAUCAAUGUUGCGGCCGGCGAAAGUUCUGUGAGGGAAUCUCGACAGAGGGGAGGGAGAAGAGCACCGCGCUGCCGUCUUUUUUUUUAUUCGUCGCGCAACGUGCCGGUGCCCACCAUAAAUCUCUUUGAAUUCAAUUAGCCAAGACACAUUUCCAACGUUCGGCGUCUCCCUCCGGGUCUUUUAGGGAACCUCCGAUGAUGCCCUCCACCGACGCUACAAAAACAAACCCGCUGCGUCCCCUCUCUUCUUCAUCUCCGCGCGCAAGGCGUUCAAAUUAAAAAAUUCAAAUUGAUUUAAAUUUUUAUAUUGUAUAUAUUAUAAUAUUAUAAGUAUAUUUAAAUUCUUAAAAAUUCGUUCCGCGGGUGUCAGAUAAUUCGGACACGGGUUCACCGUUGACUUGAUAAUCGAUCUAUUCGACCGCGAUCGCGAGUUGCCGAUCAGACGAGAAUUUCUUUGAAUAAUAGUUAAGAAAAGCAAAAUGUGAGAAAGAACCGUGAGCGAACGUUACAGAAUAUAUAAUUCUCGCGUCGCUUCGCGAAGACAUGAAUGAUUUUUAGUCUGCUCUGCAACAGCGAUUAAUUUUGAUGAUUACGACCAACGGAAACACUCCCUCGCGAGUCUGCUCGAGGGAAGCCGACCUUUUCGGACACCCGAUGCAUCCGUGACGGUCGCGGCGGCGGCAAAAGAAAGAUGUCGAGAAUGACCGUGACAGCUGCUUCAUUUUGCGGGGGCCUAGACAACGAGCUGUGCAGCGAUCCAAGGACGAUCCUGCCUCUUCUCUCUUUACUUUUUCUUCUUUUUCUCCGUGUGAUCUCCUCCCACUCCCAUGUUGCCGGUAUAAUUGCUAGUAUUUCCAAAAA